AUGAGUAAGCGCCGAGCGACAUCCCCGAACCUCUGCUCGCCGAAGGCGAAGACGCCAAGGAGCCCAUCCAUCAUCUGGCGGGAAUUUCAAAAAUUGCCGGGCAGCGGUAUGCAGUGCAGGCGAUGCGCGACGAAAUACGCCGGAAAUGCUACGACCAACGCGCUGAGACACUUGGAAAUGAUACACCCCGAGGCCUAUGCUGAACUACGUGAGGAAGAGGCAGCCGUAUUGGCGAAGCCGGCACUACAUUUCGAUGACCUGCAUUCGGACUACUUGUUCUACAUUGGCUUGGCGACAGCCAACAUCGCACCGGGAGCCAUUUUGAAUAAUCCCUAUCUUCAGAAGUGGUUUGGGCGUGCUAAGGUCACCUUGCCGUCCGUCGGCCGAAUGAAUAACAUUGCCAAUGACCUCAAGGUGCGACUUCGAGGAGAAAUCACGGCCAUAAUUGGACAAACCCCAAUAAUCGCGAUCAGCACUGAUAUUUAUACGAAUGUUAAAAGAGCAUCAGUUGUCCGUCAAGUGCUCGACGAUUAUGGGAUCAGCCCAGAUCAGCUAGUGGCUGUAACCACGGAUGGGGCUUCAUCUAAUAAGGCCACGGCGACUUCGCUGAAAGUGCCAUGGUUUGACAAACUCUACGACACCCCGCUGGCGAAGAUUCGAGAAUUUACCCGCCAUUUGUCCCGCAGUGUAAAAGACAAAGAAUUGUUCAAAAGUCUGAGCCCGGGGGAACCAUUGCCGCAGAAAGACUGCCCGACCCGCUGGUAUUCGGCGUACCAAAUGGUGGUUAGUGCUCUGCCCCAGCUGAUUUCGACGCAGGAAGUCAACGAAAUCCAGAAGAUCCUCCAGCCACUUUCUAUCGCCCACGAAUUGACCAAGAAAUUUUCUUCCGAACAUUCGACCGUCGUUACCCGCUUUCGAUUUUGGUCCUCAGCGAAACAACGUCUACGCAACUGUGGAACGAACGAAGCAGAUGGGCUGCUGAUAGCUUUGGAACAAUAUGAAAAGCACUUCACGGAUCACGUUUCCUUGGAGGGAGCAGUUUUUGAUCCCUACGUUUAUGGAAAACUUCUGGAUCCCGAAGAUUGGCGCCUAGCAGUUGAACGAAUAUUGGCGUCGGUAAAUGAUACAAAUCAAGGCCUCGCUGCUACUAUGGCGAGCCAUUCAACUGGUCCGGGCUUCGUCGAUGACGAUCUUUCGGUACUCGGAUUGUCCAUUCAGCCCACGCGAUCGGCGAUUGAGGUGGAAUUCGACCUAUAUAAGGCUACUUCUCUCGAUGCCGAGAAGUUGUCACCUUACGCUGGAUCGGUAGCAAAAUUCUGGGAUGCGCAGCGGUUUGUGAUGCCCAAGCUCUAUGUCGUCGCCUCGAGAUACUUAACGAUGCCUGCCGCAUCAGUUGCUGUCGAGAGGGUGUUUUCUAUCUGUACGCGGCUGGCCUCGGACCCGAGACGGUGCCGCCUUCAUAACGACACCUACCAAGAAUUUGCGCUCAUUUCGUGCCAGAUCAGCUCCUUGAAGAACAUGUACCGUCGAGAGGCCGAUGAAGAUCGCCUCUUGCUCGAAGCCGAAAUGCUCGCUUUUGGCUGCGAGGUCGUGUCAAAUGAAGACGCCGACGACGAAAGUGGCGACGAUGAUGACUACUUUGAGCAUGCCGCACAAGAU